UAGCAGUUAGCCGAUGCUCUUUUUGUGAAUACUAAAGCAUUUAAAGCUUGGAAGUAUGUGCUACCUUUGCGCGAUAAUGAACUAAACGUCUUAGUUUGCGUGUCGCGUUUUAGUGUUUCGGUUGAUCCGAUUGUUUGUUUUGGUAAUUUUUUUUUAAAGACUCGCGAGAGAAAUCUUUUAAAGUGCAGGGCUCCAUAGGACCCGACGCUAAGAGCGAAACCAUGGAAACGACUGGCUUGCACUAAAAAGCCUGUUUUGAUUUUGAACUUAUACGUCGUCCAGAAAUAUUUGCUUCUAUAUUCCCACUACAAAAAUACAGCUACAUCAAAUUUACAACUUUUUGUACAUUCAAAUGCAGUAUACUUAUCGUAUGGAUUUUUUAAAAGUUUGAUUAAAAUCAGGCAACGCCGUAUACCUCGCUAUUCAGGCUGUGUUUGGCAAAGCAUGGUUGUGUCUGUGUUUACACCUUGCUAAGAAGACAUUUGAGCAGAAGAAAGUCAUGUCUCGACUCACCAAGAAAUCGCCGUCUGUGUGCACGGAUGAGCCGCUUGAAAACCCAGAUCUCUGCCAGAGGUUUGACUGUCUCAGGCAGCUUCUCCGGUCGUGUUUCGGGCCGAGUGGCAGACUAAAACACAUCCGUAACAACAUAGGCGGCCACGUUAUCACCACCUCCACCUCCUCUGUUCUCCUGAGUGCCGCUUCUUCAUCCCAGCCUGCUGUCAGGCUCCUAACAACCUCCAUCCUCAACCACGUUUCUCGUUUCAGUGACUGCGGCUUGUUUGCUGCCGUUCUCUGUUUGUCUCUUGUUGAUCAGGCAGCGAGACGGCAGUCUGGCCUCAGAAGAGACGUGGCUAUCAGGGUGAACAAGCAUUUACUGCGGAUGUGCACCGAUUACCUCCAGCGAGAGGACUGUGGGUGUAAAGUGAGGCUUGACUUCUGCAGCAGCCGGAGCUUGAUCACAUUAGCUCGGAGUGUUAUCUCCAGCAAGCCAGGCUGUGUACUCACAGAGCUGGAGGCGGUGCACAUCAGUAAGCUGGCCGUGCAAGCCUUUGUCCUGACUGUCCCCUGUGACAGUCCAGGUACUGUCAGGCUUGGCAGGACGGUGACAGUGUCUGUUGAAGGCCAGCCCGUCCUGGACUCUGCAGUGUUUUCAGGGCUGCUGCUGGACGUGCCUGAUGCCUCCUCCCUGGGCAAUGUGGAGAACCUCCAGUCAAAUCCACUGCAGAUGGUUUUGCUUGGUGUGUCCCUGUCCGGGGACCUCUCUGACCUGGGAGACGGGACUCUUGAGGUGCACCGGGGUGCAGACGCAGACUCGCAGGUCCUGGAUCAGCUGUUGGAGCUCGGGAAACAGGUGGUAAAAGAUGAGGUGAAGCUCUUUGUGUGCCAGAAGGUCAUCCACCCGGUCCUGCAGCAGUACCUGAGGCAACACGGGGUAGUGGUGGUAGAGAGAGUGGGAGCUGCUCUGAUGGAGCCACUCUCUCAGCUGACAGGCGCUCAACCUGUGGCCACAUUACAGACCACAAUCCCAGCCAAGGCCUACGGACAGGUAAAGGAUCUCACUAUUAGGCAAUUUGGAUCCAAGACGAUGCUGCAUUUACAUCCUGCUGGGGAACCGGUGAUCUGCACGAUGAUCCUCUGUCACAGGAAUGAGACAAUGCUAAAUGAGUUGAAGGUGGCAUGCCAGAAGACAGAACAUGUGUUGAGGCUCACCCUGAGGGAGCCAUCUGCCCUGCUUGGAGGGGGAUGCACUGAGACCCACUUAGCCGCUUACAUCAGAAACAAGAGCGUACAUGAGGCGCCAGAGGCAGCAAAGGUAUUAGGGUGCUCACAGAGUCAGUACCUGCUCGGUUUGGAGGCGUUCUGCCGCUCUCUGGAGUCGGUAGCCGCGGCGCUGCAGCACAGCGGUGGGAGCUCGCUCAUUGAUCUGACCCACGGUCACCACUGGACUCUCCAUUCAGAUACAGCGGAAAUCCAAAGGGAGGACGCCUUGGGUUCCUGUGGCUGUGGACUGGUGGAGAGUGGACCUCAUGUGAAAUGGACCCACCUGAACACUAAAUACUCUGAUUUCUCUCCUGCACCUCUCUCGAAAAACGCUGCUGUUUAUCCACGUGUGCUGGACUCCUUCACAGCCAAGAUCAACGCGCUGCAAGUUGCGGUGGAAACUGCUAAUCUUGUGCUGGAUAUCCGAUAUAUAAUUCAAGAUGUGAACUAGCUGAUUUUUUUUUUUUUCUUCUCUGCUGUAGAAUUUUGAUUUUGUAAUGAUCACAACACAGAGUGAAUGCUGUUGUUUUUAUAGCUUUUCCCUCAAUGCUUAGUUCAGUUUAGACACCUGAUAUAAGGCCCAGCUUUAUCUUUCAAAAGAAUGGUUUUGUUCUCUUUUGACUUUGGUAUGAUGAACCAAUUCGUUUAUUUAUUUAUUUAUUGAAUUACUUAUUAUUGGUCAUUAAUAUUACUUAAUAAUACACUGUUUCUUGGGACAUGAUCUGUCACUCCUUGAAUUUGGUGGUAUAGUUUUGAUCUUUGACCUAAUGUAAACAACACUGAACCAUUUGUGAUGAAGUACAAGCAAGGAAACCACAUCUAUAUUGGAUGUAACUUUGUUUAUUAGAUAUUACUAUGCAAUAUCCAUUUCUAGUACAUUUUUAUAACACGCUAACUUCCCAGCUUUAUACUUACUCAUUUUUCUAAUAUUGCUGUCAAAGCUGGCAGGAAGCAGACUUUUCUACAAAUAGUCACACAUUCAGUGGCCGGUAAAUUUACAAAUUUGCUAGCAGUUUCACCACUUUAAUAACCAAUCAGACUUUUAAAAUUUAAUAAGACUGUCAAAAGGUGGAAUGGUUAUAAAUGUCUGAUAUAAACUUAAGGAAUGGAAAAAAUAGCUAGUCUUAGGGAGCAAAUUUAUAAAGCUUUAAUAUUUAUGAUGAAAAAUGAAUGCAUUCAUGUUAUUCUAUAUACAAAAGUGUUACCACAAUAAUCAUGCUGACCGGUGUGAUAAUUCAAUACCUGACAGCUAUGAACAUACACAGAAUGACAGUACAGUCGUUUAUAGCAAGACAAGGCUAGAGUAAAUCAGUGAUACAAGUAAAAGAAUAAGAUGAAAUUAUUCUCAUGCUUUAAAGGGAGUGCAGGUUCAGAUUAAAAAAUACCAAAGGAAUGUCAAAAGUGCCAAAAAUCCCGUGCUUGUCUUUUGCUGCUGCUGAGUCCCAGAAGGUUCCUAUUCAUUGUCUGCCUUUAUAAGAGAAGGGCCAGGCCUCCUUUCUCAAAAGAUGAAUGGAAUCAACGCCUUUCGUAAUUUGGGAUAGUCUUUGAAUUUCUCAAGGUAGUACCUGUAAGAGUGAGGCAAGAGAUGACAGUUAUCACCCACAGAUUGCUCAGGGUCAUGGAUAUGCUCAGAAUACAACACUAGGAGAAUUUCUUUCCUAUUAGUAUUACUUUCGCAUCGGUAUUACUUGGCUGUUCAUUUGUGUCUCAAGCACCUGUGAUGGUAAUACGCUCUUGUUCCAAUGAAACACAAGCUAAAUAUGGCAAAGGAGAAUCCCGGAAAGGACCAGGUGGCUAUGCUGUACCCAAACCACUCCAUAAUCUCUCCUAAGUAGUUGGCAGCAGACACGUAUUCAAACAUACCUCCUGCAGGAGAUUAAGAACAUCACAAGUCAGUAAAAUUACAAAAUUAAAAAAAAAAAAAAAAAAAAAAAA